UCGAUUUCUCAAAUCCGAACCUCUACAAAAAUCCCCCAAUCUCAGGAUUACUCUUCAUAUCAACACCAUCAAGAAGACACUCUUUAUCAAACAGAAGCUUUCUCCGGUAUAAUAAUACGAAUCUUUAUUAACAAGAUCCAAGUAAGCUUCACUAGUGUAUUCUCUUUCACACCAGACUCACAUAGCUCCUAAACUUCACGGCAUAUGGUCUAUGGACUCUACAUGACGUGACCGCUCUCUCCCUCUUGUAAACGGAACAAUGCAGAAGAAAGCACACAUAUGUUGUUGCACUUGCAGCCAGCCUCUCACAACGGAUGCAAAAGCCGUAACAGUGUUCUUGGAGAGGGGUUGUGUCCGCGUGAGUCUCUUCUGAGUGUUGACACCUUUCUGUUCAUAGUCUACCUCUUACAAUAGCCUCGGGAGGUUUCUAUACGCAACGUCGGAGUCUGGUGGUGCGUAUAAGAGCAAGAUAUAGAAACGUAUAAACAUAAGCGCUAAGCACAAUCAUCGUUCAACAGUAAUGGCAUGUAAAGUUACAGAAUUUGGAGCGGUAAGAGAAGUGUGGGCUGGCUUCAGCUUGGGUCAUGAGACUUGCUGCAGUUUGAGAAACAGAGUAGAUUCUACAAAAACGCAGCGUUUCGUUAUUGGAUGUCAACAAGAAAACGCAGCGUUUCCUUAUCCAGAUACAGGGGUGAUAUUGACAUUUCAAUUAAGUCUCCUCUUUCUAGUUGUUGUCGAACUAAUAACGAACAUUUUUUUUGGUAAGAGAGAAUUAGACGUAAGUGCAGGAGGAAGGAAAAGAAUAAUGAUGAUGAUCCGUAGAUGGAGAAGAUCAGGAGAUUUCUUAAGAUCUGCAUGUAAAUCUCUAACUAGCCUCCGACAAAAACAUAACUCAAUGUCUCCUUCUGUUUCAGGAUUUGUGAAUCGUUACGAGUCAAAAGGAAAGACCUUUGAGUCAAAUGCUUGGAAUGAUCAUAACAGAGAGCUUGAUCAUCAUUCAUGUGUUGGUGGAAACUUAUGGAUGAUGCAACAGUAUAAAUCAUUUGGUUCAUCAUCAUCAUCAGCAUCAAAACUCCAGAGAAACCCAUUGUUUUCUUCGUUAGAACCGAGAGAUGUUAGCUUCUUCAAUGAGAUACUGGGUGGUGAAAAGUAUGUGGUUCAAGAUGAAGAGAGGCUUGAGACUGCUAAUACAGAUUGGAUGCACAAGUACAAAGGAUCUAGUAAGCUGAUGCUCUUGCCCAAGACCACAGAAGAGGUGUCUCAGAUACUUAAGUAUUGUGAUUCUAGGAGUUUAGCUGUUGUUCCUCAAGGAGGAAACACCGGUCUUGUUGGUGGAAGUGUCCCUGUCUUUGAUGAGGUGAUCAUCAAUGUUGGCUUGAUGAAUAAAGUCUUGUCCUUUGAUGAGGUUAGUGGAGUCUUGGUGUGUGAAGCAGGAUGCAUUUUGGAAAAUCUGGCAACUUUCCUUGACCCAAAAGGUUUUGUAAUGCCACUAGACUUAGGUGCAAAAGGAAGCUGUCAUAUAGGUGGAAACGUUUCAACUAACGCUGGUGGUUUGCGCCUUAUCCGUUACGGCUCACUUCACGGAACCGUAUUGGGUCUAGAAGCUGUCACAGCAAAUGGCAAUGUCCUUGACAUGCUUGGAACUUUACGCAAAGACAACACUGGAUACGACUUAAAGCAUUUGUUUAUCGGUAGUGAAGGAUCACUUGGUAUUGUGACUAAAGUUUCUAUACUCACACAACCAAAGAUGUCUUCUGUAAAUCUAGCCUUCAUAGCUUGCAAAGAUUUUCUCAGCUGCCAGAAACUUCUUGUUGAAGCAAAGAGAAAUCUUGGAGAGAUACUGUCCGCUUUCGAGUUUCUUGAUAACAACUCCAUGGAUUUGGUACUGAACCACUUAGACGGUGUCCGUAAUCCAGUUUCCUCUUCAGAGAACUUUUAUAUUUUGAUAGAGACAACGGGAAGUGGUGAAACUUAUGACAGGGAGAAGCUUGAAGCGUUCCUUUUAAAGUCACUGGAACAAGGUUUAGUCUCUGAUGGUGUAAUAGCUCAAGACAUAAACCAAGCAUCCUCGUUUUGGCGCAUACGAGAGGGUAUAACAGAGGCGUUACAAAAAGCAGGAGCUUUUUACAAGUAUGACUUAUCCUUACCUGUUGAAGAGAUUUACAACAUUGUCAACGACCUUAGAGGGAGAUUAGGUGACUUGGCAAAUGUUAUGGGAUAUGGUCACCUUGGAGACGGUAAUCUUCAUUUAAAUAUCUCAGCCUCGGAAUAUAACGAUAAGCUUUUAGGUUUGAUAGAACCGUAUGUCUACGAGUGGACAUCAAAGCACCGAGGAAGCAUCAGUGCAGAACAUGGAUUAGGUGUGAUGAAAGCUAAUGAAAUCUUCUACAGCAAAUCACCAGAAACUGUUGCAUUAAUGGUAUCCAUCAAAAAGUUGCUGGACCCUAAGGGGAUUCUCAAUCCAUACAAAGUUCUUCCUCACUCUUUCUUCUCUCCCUAAGGUGGGGAUGAGAGAUGAUUCUUUAAAAAGAAGAAAAUGGGAAUAAGAUGAGGAGCCUAAGUUUGAGCAGUGUGAUUGAUGCAAAGGAACAAUAUAAGCAAGUGUUGAUUAAAAACUCACUUAAACUCACUAAAGUGUAUAUAUGCUUGUUCCAUGUUGUUGUCACUGUCUUAAUAUCUUAUUAUCAUUGAUAAGAAAGAAUAAAAAACCUAUGGCGCUUACGUGUA